GAGUCCAAAACUCCGUGACCCGGAAGUACUUAGUUAUUAUUUCCUGUUUUACAGCGGUGUGGGUUUUUGUUUAUUAUUCAAGGCAGUUUCUUAUCAAGAAUCGUGAAUAUGGAAGACGAAUGGGAGGAGGAGGAGCAGUUGGUUGUGGUUGAGCUGUCUGGUAUAAUUAACUCAGAUUUUUUGACCAAGUGUCAGGGAACCUGCAAGAUACUGGACAUUGACAGUGAGCAGCCAAUGAUGCAGGUGGGAAGAUACGUGUUUGCGGGAGAGUAUGACGAUGCUCUGGGCACCUGUGUGCUCUUCGAGGAGGGACAGUCGAGUGGGGCAGACCCUGAAGCCAGUCCAGAGCUGAGCUAUAAGUGCCACACCGUUAAGAGACUGAUGAUGCAGAGAACCUUCCUUGCUGAGAAAAAGGAAGGAGACAACAGCUCAGGUUACACACACACACACACAAAGAGACUUUCAAUUUCAGCCACUGAGUGACGGAAUGUCCCCAGCCAGACUCGACUCACUCUCUCACUUCAUCCAGAACCCAAAGAGGACCUCCAAGCCAGCAGGGGAAGGGGGAGCACACACGAUGGGGCAGAAGACCGGGUAGAGGGGUCAGGCAGGACACUGGCAGCAACUCCAUUAAUUAGGUUUUACCUCUGAUUUGUAUUUAUAUUUUUGUACUGUGUAUGUUGUUGAAAUAAAUGACGCUUUCUAGA